AUGUCGUUUGGACGGCCGCCGACGUUUUCCAACUUCCAGGUGCUGCCGCCUGAGCGCGGCUCAUUCCCUUUGGACCAUGACGGAGAGUGCACUGCAGCGAUGCGCGAAUACCUGGCGUGCCUCAAGGCCCACCAGAACAACAAUGGCGCGUGCCGCCACUUGUCCAAAGCGUACCUGGCGUGCCGCAUGGAGAAGUGCGUACACGGCGGCUGA